GCAGUUCUUCGUAAAGCAAUCGCUAUUCCGCACCGUGUACGCUCCGUUGCUUUGGCCUGUCAAGUCACCUUCCUUCACAAUGACUUUCGCCUCCGCUAUCUACCAGACCUUCAUUCGCAAGAAUGCCGUCUACCUGACGACCAUCUUCGCCGGCGCCUUUGCCUUUGAGAUCGCUUUCGAUACUGCUUCCAACAAGGUGUGGGACUGUCUCAACCGUGGUCGUCAAUGGAAGGAUAUCAAGUACCGGUACUUGAACAACGAGGAAGAUGAGGAGUAAAGGUGGUCUAUUUCCUUAAGCGAGGAGAUGCGCGCAACGGAGGCCAUACCUCUCGACACCAGCCCAUGAUAUCUCGGCAGAGCUGAAGGAGAUAGAGAGAGGAUGUAAUAAUACAGACAAUUGUUUAUUACAUAUCCUUUCCAUGGUGUCAUACUGUACAAAAUAGGAACUCGACAUAUUUAUGCGGUAGACGCGAGGCUGCCAUUUUUCAAUUUCCCCAUGCCCCGAUCGCGUAAGGUGUGCGUACAGUGCACAUGCAUGGUAUGAGGCAACUGUGAUAGCCGGAGGUACACAGGGGAUAUCCAUCGCCAAUUAGACACUAAAUACAAAGGCAGUCUGCCCUGAGCGCGGUGGCAUAGUUAAG